AUGAAUGAAACGAAGCGAAUUUUUAAAAGUUACUCUGGUGAUGUUAUUGUACCGAUUGGUUUGGUUAAAGUUAGGAUAUUGUUUUUUGAGAAAGAUUAUGAUUUGCUAUUGUAUGUUUUGCCUGGUAAUAGUAAGCCAAUUUUAGGUAGGGAUUGGUUGGAGGUGCUAGGGAUUAUUAAGAACUUUGAAUGUAAGAUGAAUGAAAUCAAAACAAUCAAUGAAUGUGAGAGUAGAUUUGCGGAAAUUGUUAAAGAAUUUGGAAAUGUAUUUAACGAUGAAUUAGGAACGUAUAAUAAGCGUACAUUUAAGUUGGAAUUGAAACCGAAUGCAGUACCGAAAUUUUGUAAACCGCACCCUGUACCGUAUGCGUUGCGAGAAAAAGUGGAAAUGGAAAUUGAUAGGUUAAUUAAGUCGGGAGUUGCAGAGAAAGUUGAGUCAAGUGAAUGGGCAACACCUAGAGUGCCCAUAUUGAAAUCUAAUGGUCAAGUAAGAAUUUGCGGAAACUAUAAAAUUACUGUGAAUCGGUAUUUAAUUGUAAAUAGGCAUCCUAUUCCAAGAACACAAGACUUGUUAGCAAUGCUGAAAGGAGGAACAAUUUUUACAAAACUUGAUUUGAUGAAUGCAUAUCAACAAUUUUUACUCGAUGAAGAAUCGCAAAAACUAACAACAAUCAAUACACACAAGGGACUUCUUAAAUAUAAAAGACUUGUUUUUGGCGUAGCUAUAGCACCUGGUAUUUUUCAAGGAGAAAUUGAAGAAAUGUUGAAAGGCAUUCCUGGUGUAUUAAAAUUUUUUGACGAUAUUCUGAUUAUAGGAAAAAAUGUUCAAGAGUAUGAUACUAGAUUGAGAGAAGUUUUAUUGCGAUUCAGUGAUGCAGGGUUGACAGUAAGAAAAAGUAAAUGUAUUUUUGCAAAACCGAAGGUUGAUUUUUUAGGUCAUACGAUCGAUGCCGAAGGUAUUCAUGUUUCGGACAAGAAAGUUCAAGCAAUAAGAAAAGUUGAGCCACCAAAUAAUGUAAAAGAACUCCAAGUCUUUUUAGGAAUGAUGAAUUAUCAUUCAAAAUUCAUUCAAAAUUACUCAUUCAUUGUUAGCCCGUUAUAUAGGUUACUCAGACAAGAUGUUCGUUGGAAAUGGACUGAAGAGUGUCAUCAAGCAUUCGAACAAGCGAAGGCGAAAUUGAGUUCUUACCAGGUUUUGGUACAUUAUGAUACGCAGUUACCUGUCAAAGUUACCUGUGAUGCAUCACCUGUGGGAGUUGGAGCGGUAUUAUCACAUAUUUUUCAUGAUGGCAGUACGAAACCAAUUGCAUUUGCGUCAAGAUCACUUUCACCGACCGAGCGGAAUUAUUCGCAGCUUGAUAAGGAGGCUCUCGCUUUGGUAUUUGGCGUAAGAACUUUUCAUCAAUAUCUAUAUGGUAGGCAUUUUAUUCUCGAGACAGACCACAAGCCACUUAUAUAUAUUUUUGGAAAUAAGAAAGGGUUACCGGCAAUGGCCGCGAAUAGAGUACAACGGUGGAGUUUAAUAUUAGCUGGGUAUGAUUAUGAAAUUAGAUACAUUAAAGGAGUUGAAAAUGAGAGCGCUGAUUUUUUAUCGAGAUUUCCUAUUCAAAAUAAUAGCAACAAUGAGACUGAAGAAUAUUCGUAUUUGAAUUAUUUUAACGAAGGAGUGAGAACGUUUUCAUUAGAUUCUAUUCGCAGUGAGACAGACAAAGAUCUAAUUUUGAAUUUAGUAAAGAAAUAUUUAUUGCAUGGUUGGCCUAAAAACGUUCACGAUAGAUUGUUGCCUUACAAGCGAAAAGAACAAGAAUUAACAUUAAAAAUUGUUGUAUUAUGUGGGGUUAUCGUUGCUACUAAUCAACCUAAAACUUCUUUACAUGUUUGGAGUUGGCCAGAAAGUGCAAAUCAGCGUUUACACGCAGAUUUCUGUGGUCCAAUUGAUGGAAAAAUGUUUAUUGUUAUUCUAGAUAGUCAUUCAAAGUGGAUUGAUAUACGAGAAUUGAAUAAUAUUAUAACUGAAACAACUAUAGAUGUUUUUAGAGAUUACUUUGCCACGUGGGGAAUACCAAACACAUUGGUUACAGACAAUGGCCCAACGUUCACUUCUAAGUUGUUUGAAGAAUUUAUGAUUUCCUAUGGAGUUUCACAUAAAAAAACUGCGCUUUACCAUCCAGCUAAAUGUUCAUCAAGAAAAGAAGCCCUUGCUAAGUAUUUGUUUCAUUAUCGAUCGUCUCCACAUUGUACAACAGAUGUAAGUCCAGCUGAGUUGCAAAUUGGCAGGAAAUUUCGUACAAGAUGGGACUUGUUAAAAGAGAAAGUAAAAAAUAACGUUUAUCACAAACAACAAGAGCAAAGAAAAUAUUUCAGGGGUAACAGAAAUGUGACUUUUGAUGAGAAAGAAGUAGUUAUGGCGAGAGACUAUGCGAAUGGUAAUUGGCGAAAAGUUAAAGUUGAUAAGCAGGUCAGUCCGGUUACCUAUAAUGUCACAACGGAUGAUCAACGAGUAUGGAAGCGUCAUGUAGAUCAAUUGCGAGCAUGUAAUUUGUCAGUGAGCGAUAGUCAUAAUUUAAGAACACCAGAAAAAUGUAAUAGUCCUAUUGCUAAUGUAACUCAGAAUGAUUUGAAUGACAGAGAGAAGUUGAUAGUGUGUGAGAGCAAUUUAGAAAGAGCAGCGAGUGGAGAUCAAUCACAAAUUAUAGAAAAUGCAUGUAGUCCGAAAUCGAAUAUUACUAUUCCAAGUAAUCGCGUGUUAGAAUCUUCAACCAAUGUUACAGAGCCAACAAUUUUACGACGUUCAACUAGAGUAGUUAAAGCUAGAAAAGUUCUUGAUUUAUAA